AUGAACGCGCCGUACGCGUCUUUCGCACGACGCACCUCCUCUUGUCUCUCUCUCGCUCUGCUCGCACCCUUCACGUCUCUGUCCUCGGAUGGUCUCGAUGGACACACCAACGCCUCCCGUGUACGCACAUGUGUCCGUCUUUCUUCAUGCGAUCGCCUCCGCACUUGCGCACGUGUUAUACGCGCAAGCGAAAGAUUUCUCGCACACCUACAGUUCCAUAUGCUCGCUCGCCUCAACCUGAACCGCAUCAUAACGCCUUCAGCGAGUGCCUCGCUCUGCAGGGCACGAUCAUCGCUGACGGGGUCUGCGUAUCAGCCGCUGCGCGCAGCGCAGCGGCGAUGCGCCACCAAGACCGAGGCCAAGGCAUCGACCAAGGCAGAGCAGCAGGCGACCUCUGCCUCCGGUGGAGCUGCCGAAGCGAAGGCCACGUCUCAGCAUCCGAUCUCACACGGCCCGCAGCGCAAGGACUGGCGCACGCACAAGGAGAUCGUCUACGUCAAGGGUGUUCCAGCCAAGGGGAGCCUCUUCAAGCUGCCACUGGCGGAACAGCUCAUCAUUUGCCUUGUCUUUUCCAUUGCUGGGUCAGCUGCGGUGUACCUCGUGCGGCCGCAGAUACGGUACCUCUGCCAUCAUGGCUUUCUAGGCCUCACCGACGAGGCGGGGUGGAAGAACGGGCCGUGGCUGUACCGCCUCAUGUACUGCCUCAUCAUGUUCCCCAGCUACUCCCUCAUUCUCUUCGUUGUCGGUGGGGUGUUCGGGCGUCGCAUCUGGUUCUCUUUUAUGAUUCACAAGAUGUGGUCCCGCUUCCUCACACGCAACGCGUCGCGGCGGCUGGAGCACUUGCUGGAUCUGCAGCACUAUUGA